AUGGGUGCAACGGGUGUAACGGUGGAUGUAACGGUGGAUAUAACGGUGGAUGUAACUGUGGAUGUAACGGUGGAUGUAACGGCUGCAAUAAUGGGAAUGAUUCAAUUGGUUAUGGCUCAAGUCAUAAGCGGUCCAUGUGGGUAUGGAUAUAAUGGCUACUCUCCCACUGUAUAUGAAACCUCCAACAAUGAUCCUAUAGAUGUUAUUCUUCCUAUCCUACUUCUGGCUGUAUGCAACAGGGCUAACGGCGGCUGUAAUGGUGGAUAUCCAUACGGUGGUGGAUGUGGCGGUGGAUGUGGUGGUGGAUGUGGUUGCGGAUGUGGUGGUGGAUGCGGCGGUGGGUGUGAUGGUAAAUACUGCAGCGGAUGUUGCGGUGGAUGCAGCGGUGGAAGUAGCUGUGUUUGCGGAUGUGGAAGUAGUUGCGGUGGUUGUGGAAGCGGAUGUAAUUAUGGAUGUGGCAGUGGUUGUGGAUGUGGCAGUGGUUGUGGAUGUUGUUAA